UUUCUCUCUCCCUCUCUCUUUCUCUCUCCCUCUCUCUUUCUCCCUCUCUCUCUUGGUGACGGGUAGUGCGCACUGUGUUCCGAGUGACGUUCCUUCGGGAAAAGGACAGAGACUAUAGUUAUGAGGGUGUUGAAGACGACAACAACGACGACGACAGUGCUGACAGGUUCCGUCAUUAAGGAAGGAAAAAGAGGGACGACACGCGGCCGGUAUAUUCCCGCCGCUCGCGGAACGUCCGCGGUGACGUUCUUUACGCAGUGAAACGAUACAGCGAUUGCCAAGUGAAAACACUCGAGGAAUUAUCCUCUAUAAUAGAGACUCGUUAAAACCCGAACGAACAAUCCCAAGCGAAAAGAAAGACGUCAGAUAUUAUCUAGUUUUAUUAAAUCGUGCUGUGUCGUUGUUUUUUUUUUCCUCUCCUCUAUAUAUAUAUAUCUCUAUCUCUCUCUCCUGGACCAUCGUGGAUUCGGACACGGCAACGAUACUUGGAACGUGUAUCCCGAAUUUGGACAUCCUGGUGGACACCUGUACCAACGAUCUGGUCUGCACGUGGCUCCUGUCACCCGCCAUUGUCGACCCGCUCGACGACGUUACGCUCAUCGUCGUUUAACGGCCGACGCGACGACGCGACGACUUGGCUCGUAUAAUUUAUCGCGCCUUCGUCCUCCGGCCGUUCUUCCGUCCCUCCCGCAACCCGCUCCUUCUCCUAUCACUGACUCGUUCCACCGACCCCUUUCUCCCUGCCCCCAUCCGACCCUCCGCCCUCCCCUCCUUACUCGUGGUUCCUUACGAUCGGUACGCGCGCUCUUUAUUUACUCUCGGUCCGCCUUGCUAUGCUCGCACCACCGGCGGCGGCGAACCCUCGGUGCUGAUCCUCGCACUUUGUCGCGCGCGUCCGCUCCUCGAUGACGUGCCGCCUCGCUUCUCGCUGAACGCCACCCGGUCGAUCGGUUCUUUCGAGCUUCUUCCUUCCCCCCCCACCCCCUUUUAUCCCCUUACCCCACAACCCGAUCUUCUCUAUCACGUUCUCCUCCUCCUCCUCCUCCUCCUUCACCACCACCACCACCUGACAUCUUCUGCGAUCGCUCGUCGGCGUGGGUGCCACGGUUUCGCCGUCGUCCCUCGACAUCGGCGUUAUAACAUCGGCAAUAAACCGGCACCAUCUGCACCAUCACCGAUCACGUGGCUUGCUCAACGGCUACGCUGUACGACAAUGUACACGCCGCGCCGCUGUGCGGCUCCGGCGUGGGCCACCCUGGCUCCGUCACGCCGAUGGGGACAGCUACCGGAGCGGGGCAUUCCACCGGGGUGACCUGGUGGACCAUGAUGAACGGUUCUCUUUACGACGACAGUCCACCGCCGGUACAACCUGCAGCUUCAACCCUCGUAUCAUUACAACAACAACAACAACAACAACAACAGCAGCAACAACAGAAUUCAACUGGAGGUUCCCAUCAACAACAACAACAACCCCAACAACAAGCAACGACACCGACCUCUCCAGGUGUCCCAGCAUCAUCAGGCACGACCGCACCAUCAGCACCUUCAGCGAGCGCCAGCUCGACCUCACCGAGCGCCUCCUCGGUCGCGAGCAACAGCGCGACGGGACCGCUCCAUAUACCAGCGAAAAGACUAACGGCUACCCCAGGCGGUGCAAGCGGAGCCGGCUCGAGCUACGGGGAAGUAACCUGUGUCGAGGCAUCAUCGGUUGGUGCGGCUGGGGCCGCGGCAUCGGGCGUGAUACGACACUCGCACUCGUCCUCGGCAGGCUCGCAAGGCGGUUGGAGUUAUAGUCCUCAUCAUCCGCAGGACUCUCAUUACUCCUCCGCGGCGAGCGAAUCGUUGAAUCAUCAUCAAACAUACGGGGCUAACAACCCCCCGACGUAUUACAAUCUGGCGGCCGAUCCGACCUCGACGUCCGGUUCCUCGAGGGACAACCGGAAAACCGGAUCUACGGUGACCUUUUGGUCGCCUGCAACCGCGACCGUGGCCUCAGCAGCCACCACACCUGAUUAUAAGCCUUAUAAUUCUGCUGGGGCUGCUACUGUAAGCGGAUCAUCCAGCGGUGCAGCAGGUGGUACCUCCUCGGUUACGGCAGCGGCUACAGGACCACCAGAUCCUACGGUAUCAUCUUGUCAUCAGAGCAGCUUUGGUCAGAGCUGGUGUAAUUACGCGCCUUACACUACCGCGAGGCAUCAUCAUCCAGUUGACACAGCUGCUCAUCAUCAUCCACACUCGCAACCGACUGUACCAUAUUUAACACCCUCCGCGGCCGACGAUCGGGGCAGAGUUGCAGCCGCGAUGGUCGCCGCGGAAGGAACCUUCCCUCACGAUGGUUAUGGCGGACUAAGAAACUAUGGGGCACCCGAGCCCGUCACCUCUAGUCCCUAUCCACCCCCAGUGAUGUGGGGUUCCUCCCCAUCUUCGUUUUUUCCAGCAGGUUCCCUGGCGGGAGUCGGCGUGGGCGUCGGCGUGGCCGGCGUGGCUGGCGUGGGUGUUGGCUGUGGUGGUUCGACGCAUUUGGAGUGGACGGGUCCGAUGACGGUUCGAAAGAAGCGCAAACCGUAUUCGAAGUAUCAAACGUUGGAAUUAGAGAAGGAGUUCCUAUUCAACGCAUACGUCUCGAAGCAAAAACGAUGGGAGCUCGCGAGGACAUUGAAUUUGACUGAGCGACAGGUCAAGAUUUGGUUUCAGAAUCGACGUAUGAAGAACAAAAAGAAUACACAGCGUCAAUCUCAGCAACAACAGAACAAUAAUAAUAAUAAUAACAACAACAACAAUAGCGCGAAUAAUGCGAAUCACCAUGGUGGAGGAGGCGCGACCGGUGGUCAUCAUCAUCCAGGUGCCGGUCAUGCGGCACCAUCGAGUCAUCACGUGGUAGCGCAAGCACACCACGCGAACGGCUCGGCGAAGCAUCAUCAUCAGUGACCCGUGGCCUUCUCUGGGGUCGUCUUCGGCCACUAUCCUCACGGCUCCUCGUCGAGUACCGGGGCAACAACGGCAACAGCAAUUGCCACCGGAGGCAACAUCGGCGUCGUUGGUUCUGCCGUUGGUACUGCCGUUGGUACUGCCGUUGGUUCUGCCGUCGGCGGUUCGGGUGUCGGUUCGGGUGUUGGUACAGGUCUCGGUUCCGGUGUAAUGACCGGUGUCAUGAGCGGUAGUAACGCCGGCGGAAUUGGCGUCUCGACUGGUAGCCACGGGGUCGGAGGUCACGCGAGUUUGGUGGUAGCGGCUGCGGCAGCCGGCAUUCCGCAGAGUACGCUGACGCACGGAAAUUCCGCGACGCCUAUACGAUCGGCGAGCGGCGGAAGUGCCGCUGGCAAUAACGAUCGUACCGUCGCGAUUGUCCAUCCGCAUGGACACGUCCAGGCGACCACACCACACCAUCAUCAUCACCACCAUCACCAUCACCAUCAUCAGCUGCCGCACGUAGCGCAACAAUAUCCAGCGCUUCUUCAUCAGACCUCGCACGGCUUGGCCGCAUGAAUUUUUUCAAUCUACCAACGCCCCAGAGAAACUACAUUAUAUCUAUUAGCCCGCUUAAAGCAGCCGGUCGCGUUCAACGAAAGACGUGUGCACGCGCGCACGCACUGGACUCUCUCACUCACUCUCUCUCUUUCUCUCUCUCUCUCUCUCUCUCUCUUUUUCUCUCUCUUUCUCUCUCUUUGUCA